AUGUCCAUGGCGAUGUGCAAGGCCUUCACUGCUCGCCAUGCGACCCAUUUGCAGCACGGCCACUUGGCGUCAAGCUCCCUGGCGGCGCCACGGCUGCCACUUCUCCCUUGCAGGCCGAGCCUCGCGGUCACGGUAGCCUCGCCACCGCGGCUCCUGCCGGUAUGCCCCAGGGCGUCGACGACGUGUGUAUCAGACCUCUCCCCGACGCCGCCGUCGGAGCGCACCAUGACGGCCUGGGAACUUGCCAGCCUCUGGGCCGGCCUCGUCGUCGGCGUGCCGGCCUACUACCUCGCGGGCAGCCUCGUGGACCUCGGCAUGUCCGCGCUCCAGGGCGUCGCCACCGUGACCUUCGCCAACCUCGUCGUCGUCGUCACGCUCGUCCUCACGGCCGCCCCGGCGGUCACGCACGGGCUGCCGUUCCCGGUGCUCGCGCGCGCCGCCUUCGGCGUCCACGGCGCGCACGUCCCGGCCGUCAUCCGCGCCCUCGUCGGCUGCGGGUGGUUCGGCAUCGAGUCCUGGAUCGGCGGUCGCGCCAUCUUCCUCCUCCUGCCCUCCAAGCUCAAGUCGUACCCGCCGCUGCUCGCCCCGGUGCCCGGCAUCGGCGCGGCGCCGCUCGAGCUCGCGUGCCUCCUCGCCUUCUCGGCCGCGCAGAUCGCCGUCAUCAUGUGCGGCAUGGAGGGCAUCCGCAAGCUCGAGAAGUACGCGGCGCCGGUGCUCAUCGUGCUCACCUCCGCGCUGCUGGCCUGGGCCUACACGUCGGCCGGCGGUUUCGGGCGCUUCCUCACGCAGACGCCGAGGCUGACGAGCGGCGAGUUCUGGAAGGUCUUCUUCCCGUCGCUCACCGCGAACAUCAGCUUCUGGGCGACGGUGUCCAUCAACAUCCCGGACUUCGCGCGGUACGCCCGGAGCCAGGCGGACCAGGUGCUCGGCCAGGUUGGGCUGCCGGUGUUCAUGGGCUUGUACACCUUCGCCGGGCUCGCCAUCACCUCCGCCACCGAGACCAUCUUCGGCCAUGUCAUCUCCGACCCAAUCGAGCUCCUGGGGCGCAUCGGUGGGCCAGCAACGACGUUGCUUGCCAUCUUCGGAAUCACCCUGGCGAUCAUCACUACCAACAUUCCCGCCAACGUGGUCGCGCCGGCGAACGCGCUCGUCAGCAUGAGCCCGCGGAGGUUCACGUUCGCCAAGGGCGCGCUUGUCACCGCGUUGAUCAGCAUCGUCUUCCAGCCGUGGCGGUUGGUCAGCUCCAGCGAGAGCUUCGUCAACAUCUGGCUGCUCAGCAACUCGGCGCUCGCGGGCCCCAUCGGAGGGGUCCUCCUCACCGACCACUACAUAGUCCGGCGAACUUACUUGGACGUCGACGCGCUCUACUCGGAGGACAGCGGCAGCCCUUACUACUUCCAGGGUGGCUUCAACGUCGCGGCGAUGGUGGCAAUGGCGACCGGAGUGGCGCCCAUCGUGCCCGGAUUUCUGCACAAGGUUGGAGUACUAACGAAUGUCUCCAAGGCAUUUGUCACGGCGUACAACAAUGCCUGGUUCGUCAGCUUCUUCAUCGCCGGCGCCGUCUACUGCCUGCUCUGCGGUCAGCGAGAGAUACAAGCAAAGCUCCAGUACAAUUGAUAUUGACGGUGGCGCUAUACCUUGUUCCAUAUCUAGCACAUACAAAAUUUAUA